GCACCACCAUGCUCUGGAAAUCUCGAAACAAGAACGACGUCCUGCAGGAGCGCGCGGACGGACUAAGCGGCUCUUCUCAGAGCGGCCGUCUCUCCCAGCUGUCCUCCCUGAACCAGGCCGGGUACUCCUCGGCUCCCCCGCUCUGCCACACUCCGGCCUCUGACUUCCAGCCUCCGUACUUCCCUCCCCCCUACCCCCAGUCCUCCCUGCCAUACUCCCAGAGCCAGGACUCAUAUGCCCACCUGUCAGACCCCUACACCUCCAUCAACUCCAUCCAUCAGCAUCAGCAAGUGGCAUGGCACUCGCAGAGGUCGCGCUCCGACGACGGGGGGCUCCUUUCACAGUCGCACCGGGCUUUGAGCCUCGACCCCCGGCGGGAGUACGCAGCUGUGCCCCGGCUGCUGCACGGACUCGGGGAAGGAGCUGCGGCUCUGGGGGACGGUCCCCUCGGUAUGCACCUGGGACACCACGGCCUGGAUGAUCUGCAGGGAAUGGAGGAAGGAUCAGCCCUGGGCAUCCUCGACCACUCUGUCAUUAAAAAAGGUAAAGUCCUUCACCUGUAUGUUGAGGUGAGGUCUGUUUCUGAGGAGGAAGAAAGAGGAGAUGGGACUCCUCACUCGAUGCUUCCGUGCCCGGACGUCCUGCCUCACUGCCAGAGAAGCUCCAGCCCAAACCACAGACAGGCUCUUCCCCCAGUCUCCCAGCACCAAACUGGGUUCAGCAGUCACAGCUUACCCACCUCAAGGUCUCCCCCGAGGCAUUCAGUCAGCUUCCAACUCCAAAACCCAGACGCUACAGGGUCUCCUACCCGCUUCCACCGUCAGGACUUGUUGCAUGACAGUGUUAGUCAGUUACUCCAGGUCCUUGCACCGGGGACACCCAGUCCAUGCCAUCACAGUUCAUCAGGACACACUCAAUCCCCUCACAUGGAUGCCUAUCGACCGGGAAGGAUGCUAAUCUCUCCGUCUUCUACUUCUUCUGGGACCAUCACAGCACCAAACACCCCAACCAUCACCCGGAGGUCCUACGAGGGCCCAGGAAUGAGGGUUGAAGAGGGCAAGACUUCUGUGGUGACCUUUGGCUACGUAGAGAAAGCUAACGUUCGCGGACACCAAAAAACAUGCCAAAGUGAGUUGGGAAAUCCUCCAAACAGAAUGGAAGGGCCGCUCAGGAACCGGUUGAGUGAUCCGCUUUGUUACAACGGGAGACCAGAUCAAGGUAACCCUUACCCGAGUCAUCCUCACCCGUUUCGGAGUGAUCCACUCGGGUACAAUGGGCAGCCCGAUCAAGGUGACCCUUACCCGAGUCACCCUCACCCAUUUCGGACUCCACAGGGAUCGCCUUACCUGCAGAGGGCCAGCCAAGACCCAUUCACCAGAGACGCCACCUUCAGGGCCUUGGAGGAGUUUGGAUCCCCAGAACUCGGGCGCAGAUUUGCCGGUCCCGUCCCAGAUCAUUGCAGCCCGACGCUGCCUCGGCACUUCCAGUCAUCUCGCUGCCGGUCCUUGGGGGGAUCACCUGUCUUGCCCCGCAGUGCCCACUCCCUGCCAUCGAAAAACCAGUUCUUGGACAGGGGAGUGAGCCAGAGUUUGGUGAACGGACUACCCAGAACCCCUGCUCACGAACAACUGUACGCCCAAUCGGGAUACCAUUCAAUGGGUUCAACCUCGACUCUUUGCUCGCGGGGGGACGAAAGCCCCAGGUUGUCCAGCAAAUUUCACCCACCGUUACCUGCAGGGAGACCCACGGACAUCCAGCAUGAGAUCCCAACGAGCAUGUUCCCCCCCAGGACUGGCUAUAAAGCUGGUGUGUACCCCAAAAACAGUUUUAGAAGUAGCUAUAGUAACCUUACAGACUCCAGUCAUAGCGCCACAGACGGUUUACUCUACAAUUACAACGAUAACUUAUCUCACGACAGAUCGUCACGCUGCUGCAGCCCGACUUAUGGCAGGAGGAACCUCUCCAAAUGCUUGAAUGCUAAUGUGGCUGCUAAGUUAGCUGUGGAGGCGACCAAACGAUCCACCCUUUUAGCUGAAAGGCGGCUUCCCUCUCCAGCAUCUUCUCAAGCUGAGUCCCGAACAUUUGAAAGUCCCAAGAUGGGAGGGUCUUUCCUGAGGGAAUCCCAACCUUUUAUCGCUCGCCACGGGCAAGGCUCCCUGGAGUCUCUACAGUCCGAGAACCAGAACCAAAGAUGGAAAACAGACAAAGCCACACCUCGCACACAACCAGGACGCGUCUCACCUCUCUUAUCCCAGAAAAGCUCGUCUUCACCAUCAUCAGCCUCGUCGGACAAAUUGAACCAUGCUGCCGCCUCACAAUCACCAGUUUUGGACCCCCGGCAUUAUCGUGGUUCCUCUCCCACUAAAAACAGCCCAGUACUGCACCACUACCAGCCACCACUGUACACUGGAGACCACAAAUCGAUCCCCGCUUUGUACGAGGACCUCUUUGCUGGAUCACUUAUGGACAGCCCUGAACUCUCCAGGAGAUUUCCCUGCAGUCCAAACCCUGAAACAGUUAGCUGGUCCCCCCGUGGGAACUCUUCUGAACUCUGUGACUUCAGAACAACAACCGCUCCAGCUUGUUCUCCAAGCAACAAAGAGAUGUACCAUAGAAAGGCGGAAGGGAUAAAUACCUCAUUGGACUACCAGACGCAAGUUAGAAGUUUGUCCAAGAGUGAAAGGGAGGAGGGUCUGGAUCACAGCGGGGGUGCUGGGACGUCCUCUCAAAGCUCCAGUGGGGUAACGGGCAGUAUGGGAGACUCCCAGUUGGACCGAAACGAAAGUCCUUCCCCCGAAACCUCCAGCCAGUGCAGCCAUGACACGGCCGACACCGGCUCAGGGAUUCAGGUCGGCUGGAAGGACCAUCUUCUAAAAAAUGCUCUCUCUGUCUCCCUCAGGGCGAAGUCAAAGAAUGGUGGCCGCUGUCUGAGAGAGCGUCUGGAGAAGAUUGGCCUCAACCUGCCCGCCGGGCGACGCAAGGCCGCCAACGUCACUCUGCUAACAUCUCUAGUGGAGGGUGAGGCCGUCCAUCUGGCGCGGGACUUUGGUUACGUGUGUGAGACAGAGUUUCCAGCCAGAGCCACAGCGGAGUAUCUGUGCAGGCAGAGCGAGCCAGACCAGCUCCCAACACGCCGCAGCAUGCUGCUCGCCACCAAGGAGGUCUGUAAGGAGUUUGUGGACAUGAUGUCCCAGGACCGCUCCCCGCUGGGCGGCAGUCGGCCCACCCCCUGCCUGGAGCCCGGUGUCCAGGGCAGCCUCACCCACUUCAGCCUGCUCACCCACGGCUUCGGGACCCCCGCCAUCUGCGCCGCCCUCUCCGCCUUCCAGAGCUACCUGAUGGAGGCCAUCAAAAUGCUGGAAAAAGGAGAGGGAGGAGGAAAGAGCCACCACGAAAAGGAGAUGAAGCACCGCAAAUAGAGGGAGGACGGUGAUGGAGGAUGAGAGGCGGAAAGGAAGAGAGAAAGAGGGGAGAAAGACUGACCAUUACCCCCUCUGGGUCUUUACCUUCGCCCUCAGGAAAAAAAACUGAGACUUUGACCUCCCAGAAGAACCUCUGCGGGCCCCUGGACGAGGAGGUGGGGGUCUUGAUGAUAUCUGUACUGUAAUGUGUGUCCACCUCACUCAACACGGCGCAUGGACCUCUCUUCUCAGUAGCUGGUUUGUGUCAUGGUGGCGUCUACAAAACACCUCUUCAGGAUGAGUUUCUACAUUCGGCUGUAUUUAUUUCCCCCCCCCCUUUUUUUGGUAAACAUGUCUACGUUUUAGAAGCCCCUGCCUACAUCAGUCACACACACACUCAUACACAUUUUUUUGGACUGAACUCAUCUGGGAAGUGUCGUAAAGCCAUAUCCGAGACAACAACCUGCUCUUUGCUCCUUUUGAACUCUGGGAGACUUUUAACUCCACCUGAUUGGACAUAUGUAGUUCUUCUUCCUGGGUGGUCAUGGGAAAUCGAGUUCUCUGGGUUCUCUAACAGUAAGGAGGAGACAAAGGCAGCUAAAGGAGAAUUGGUUACUUUUAUUUUGAAGUACUACGUGUUGGUAACUUAAGAAAAAUAACACAAAUCAUUUUGU